AUGUUCCAAAUUGGAGGCUUCAUGGUCCUCUGUGGGCUGCUAUCCCAGGCCACUGCCCUGCCAGGAAUCCUACCAUUGCCUAGUCUGGACCAGAACCUGCCUUUGGCUAUUACUCCAGCCCUACCCCCGGUUCCUAAAGAUCUUGGUGGAAACUUGAUAGAUGCUCUUACCAAUGGCCUGCUCUCUGGGGGUCUGCUUGGAAUUCUUGAAGGCCUUCCCCUCCUUGACAUCCUGAAGUCUAGUGGAGACAGAUCUGGUGGCCUGAUUGGGGGACUGCUUGGGAAAGUGACUUCAGUGCUUCCUAUCUUGAAUGACAUCAUUGACUUGAAGAUCACUAAUCCCCAUCUGCUGGAACUUGGACUUGUGCAGAGUCCUGAUGCCCAUCGUCUCUUUGUCAACAUUCCUCUGGACAUGACUCUCAAUGUUAAAACGCCAUUGGUUGGAAGUUUGUUGAAACUAAAAGUGAACCUAAACAUCACUGCAGAAGUCAAAGCUGUGAAAGAUAAACAACAGAAUAUUCACCUGGCCAUUGGUGAUUGCACUCACUCCCCUGGAAGCCUGGAAAUCUCCCUGCUUGAGGGACUUGGCCCUCUCCCCACUCAAGGCCUUCUUGACAACCUCACUGGAGUCGUGAACAAAGUCCUUCCUGAUCUGGUUCAGGGCAAGGUGUGUCCUCUGCUCAAUGAGGUUCUCGGUGCCUUGGACUUCACCCUGGCACAUUCCAUUAUUGAAUUGCUGAUCCACGGAGUGGAAUUUGUCCUGAAAGUGUGA